UGCGGCCGCGUCGCAGCACCGCAAGCCCGGCGGUCAGAGCGACACACGGCGCCCCAGAGCCCCCGGCGGCCGCGGGCCCGCCCGUCCGGGGCGGGGCUCGGCGGGGCGGGAGCUCGGACCCAGCCCGGCCGCGCUCGCCGGAGCCGGAGCCGUCCGCAGGUGCGCAGGUAGGAGCCGCUCCCGGCAGCGCCGGGCAUCCGCUGCUGUCUCGCUGUCGGCCCGCCCUGUCGCGGAUCGUCGCCGCCGCCCCGGACGCGGUCCGGGUGCCCGCGGAGCCCCCGAGGAGCGUGGUCUGGAACCGGAGUGUGCCUGGUUCGUGCAGCGCCAAAUGCGAGACAGGCAGACACAGCCCACAGGAGUUGAGAGUCAGUGUCUCUGGUUGUAAAACAGCAGCUCAGCACUGGUUGCUAAAUGGCCUCAGGUAUGGAUGGGAAGAAAUGCAGCAUGUGGAUGUUUUUACCUCUUGUCUUUACCCUGUUUACAUCAGCUGGAUUAUGGAUAGUGUACUUUAUAGCAGUGGAAGAUAACAAAAUUCUCCCACUAAGUGUACCAGAUAGGAAACCUGGUUCCAAAAGACCACCUUAUAUAAGUAUUGCAGGUGAUGCACCUCCUGCAAGCUGUGUGUUUAGUCAAGUCAUGAACAUGGCAGCAUUUCUAGCGCUUGUUGUGGCUGUCCUGCGCUUCAUUCAGCUGAAGCCAAAGGUGCUCACCCCUUGGCUGAACAUCAGCGGCCUGGUGGCUCUGUGCUUGGCCUCUUUUGGGAUGACCCUGCUCGGCAACUUUCAGCUUUCCAAUGACGAGGAGAUCCACAACGUGGGCACGUCGCUGACCUUUGGCUUUGGGACAUUGGCAUGCUGGAUCCAGUCUGCCCUUACCCUCAAGAUCAACCUGAAGAAUGAGGGGCGGAAAGCUGGGAUUCCACGAGUGGCUCUCUCAGCCAGCAUCACCCUCUGCGUGGUGCUUUAUUUCAUCCUUAUGGCCCAGGGCAUUCACAUGCAUGCUUCCAGGAUCCAGUGGGGCCUAGUGAUGUGCUUCCUGUGCUACUUUGGCACCUUUGCAGUGGAGUUCAGGCAUUACAGAUUUGAGAUAAUUUGUUCUGAGUACCAGGAAAACUUUCUGAGCUUUUCCGAAAGCUUGUCAGAAGCCUCCGAGUACCAGACAGAUCAGGUGUAGCCUGUCCUCUGGCGGGGGGGAGGGGGGCAGGUGUGGUCCCAUGGGGGAAACAUGACCUCAUUUACACUUUUUUUAUGAGUUUCUUUUCAUGUGCAAUCAUGAUGGUAUUGCCAAAGGGCUCUGAGGGUGGCUGUCUCACUAAGAGCCAAACAGAGGUGUCUGCUGGAAGAGGAGUGGAUCCAUCCCAAUGGCAGUGUGAGAGCACAAGCUGCUUAGUUUGUGCCACCAGUGACUCUUUCUGCGUGGCUCUGUCAUGCUCCUGUUGUUCAACACAUUCAGCAGCCUAUCCUGGUGACGCGCCUCUGAGGCUGGUCCUGCUCAGCCCGCCCUGCAGAGAAGGAGGUGAAGGAAGCAGACUUCUAGCAGCAAGGGUCUCCAGGAGUCACCUGUUCCCCAGUCACCAGACUGCAUCUUCCGUGUGUUUCCCAGGUUGUUUUCUUUGCUGCCAGCCGGGGGAACUUGGUAGGGGGAGCAAGAGUAGCUGUUUCUUCAGAACCUGGAAUCAGACACAGAAGACCCCAGUGGACUGGCUUUUAUGGCAAGUAGGCAGGCAUUUCUUCCAGCCUGGAAAGCGGCCGACGGUAAAUCUGGGUUUGGAAAGAACUGUGCUGUGAUGAGGAAGUGAGACUUAGCUGAUGCUGCCUUGUGGCCAGGCAGAUCAUCCCCAGGCCAGAGGGGGUGACACAGUGGGAUGCUGUGCUUGGCUUCCUGCUGGGCACUGGUAGGAGUGAGGUGCUGAAUUAAGAUGAGAAGGUCUGUGUGCUCUGAAAACAACUCAGAAAACGCUGCUUUUUCCAUGUGUAGUGCUUCCACCACACAUUGUGUAUAGUAUCUCAAAAGCUUUUUUAAAUUUUUUUUUAAUGUUUACUGAGGGGGCAAACGUUAUGUUAGAGACACCAGGCUCGUCUGCCAUGAGAGCAGUGCCAGUGCUUCUGGCCACAGGGUUUGGUUUUGCUCCUUGUGCAAGCCAAACUUCAGACAUGCUGGUUUGGGCUCUGGGCCCCUCAGUGUGGCCAGUUGUCCUGAGUGGAGCCUGCCACAGGUUUAAAUGGGCUUCCAAGGUGCCAGGAGGGAGUUCUGGCACAGAGGCUGGCUGAUCUGCCCGAGGGCUGGAGGUGUGAGAAGGGAGCAGCAAAACCAGAGGGGCUUCUCCCUUCCUAGAGGGAGGUUUUCAAACAGGUUUUCAGAGAACAAGGAGCUCAAAACCUAAUUUUGGGAAGGCUGCUGUAUUUUCUGGGUAGAGGAGCGAUGGGAGUUGCUUGUCCCCAUGGCUCCUAUUUUCCUCCAUAAAUCAGGCUCCGCUUAGUUUUACAUCUUGUCUGAGCUUCAGGAAAACAAGCAGAAAUUAAAAUGGUAGGAAAAGGCACUUGAAGAGGAACUCGUACUGUUCUGUGGCAUUUCUGACAGAGGGAAAAGGCAAAAGGGCAUUCAGUCUUCUGCAAAGGUCACAGGCCUCUCCUGAGAGGAGAAACAGUUGAGACAAAUUGUGUGUUAAGUAGAAAGCUUUCAGCCAGCCCUUUAUUUCCUGUGCACCAAAACUUGUUCUCAGGCAGCUGUUACAAAUCCAGAGCAUUUUUGGCCAGCAGAGGGUUGUUGUUGAUUGCUGAAGGCUUCCUCCUUGUAGCAGUGUCAUGAGUGGAAAGCUUUCCCAGAAGGAUGUGCUGAGAGUGGCCAAGGACACAGCAGUGUGAGGUGCCAGCUCCCUAGAGGCUCAUCCAGGGAGCUCCUUCUGGCAAGGACAGGAGGGGACAGUCUGGAGAACAUGCAGGUGGGGAUCCUCUUGCACUGGCACACACUCAAUCCAUAUGGAGCACAAAACAGCAAUUUGUUGUAAGGGCGUUUCACUGUAAAUAGUCCACUGUGGUUUUUUUCCCCUAUUUAAUAAAUACUUUCAGUUUAUUAUUUUAGCUUUUGUAAUUUUAUCAAAGAAAAAAAAAAAAAAAGAUUAUGUGGUUUUUUUUUUCCCUUUUGCUCCUUUUCCUAUAUGCAAUCCAAACUGAAUUCCAGGUUUUUAGUGAUAAUUCUGUACAUUUCUUAGAGUAUUUCUAACAGCACAUUUCAGUACAACUAAAUGACAACCGAUGUACACUAAAACAUGACCACUAAAUAAAGUGCUUUUAUGGA